UACUACUUAAUAUUUUAAGCCGAUAGCUUAAACCAUUGAUUAAACAAUCAUAGACUCAGCCAGGCAGUGGUGUCUCAUGCCUGUAAUCUCAGUACUCAGGAGGCAGAGAGGCAGAAAGGCAGAGAGGCAGAGAGGCAGAGAGACAGAGAGGCAGAGAGGCAGAGAGACAGAGAGACAGAGAGACAGAGAGACAGAGAGACAGAGAGGCAGAGAGGCAGAGAAGCAGAGGCAGAGGCAGGUGGAUCCCUAAGUUUGAGGCCUGAUCCACAGAGUGAAUUCCAGGACAAUCAGGGCCACACAAAGAAACCCUGUAUCACACCCCCCCCCAUAAGAAUCAUAAAUCCAAUUGAAACUACCUGUGAGAAUCCUUCCCACCUACAUUUGAAGAUUAGGCAUUAAUCCGUCCACAUAUGUAUUCAGUGCAGAAUCUUCCCUUUUCAAGGAAGACAUUACUUAUAGAACCAGAACCAUAAUGUUCAGUUGUAGCUUAAGGACAGAUAAUAAAGACAAUAGAAACCGAGUUUCUAUUGUGAAAGUCUACAAAAACCCUUAUGUGGAAGGUAGUCUGUUGCUCUUGUACCAGGAUCCCAGGAUGGACCUCAGAUUUAUUGCUGUUUGAGACAGGAUCUCACUCUCUUACCCAGGUUUGUACUUCUGGGCUCGAAGAUGCUCUGCCUAAGCCUCCAGAGUAGCUGGAACCAUGGACCUAUGCUACCACAGGUGAUGCUAAGAGUUGGUUAACCAGAAAGACUCACAUUAAAAGAAUUGCAAUUACAUUUACAGUUACAGUAUGGUUGUUGCAGUGAACUUUGCUCCUUUCAAAAUCAUUGUUAAAAUUUCAUUCUCUCUGGAUGCUCAUGCCUCUUGCACUGUUUUCUUCUUUCUUCUUUCUAGUUAUUCUUCUUCCUCCUCCUCUUCCUCUUCUUUUUCUGAAACAGGGUUUCUCUGUGUAGCCCCAGCUGUCCUAGAACUAGCUCUGUAGACCUCCAACUUAACUGCCUCUGCCUCCGCUGGGACUAAUGGUGAGUGCUACCACACUGGCAAGGCAUUGCAAGUCUCCUUUAAACAAGAGGUCUCCUGUUUAAAGUAUAUUUCUGCAAAGGAGGAAGUGUUUCCAUCCCCAGGCAUGUCUACUUGCCAUUCAAAAGUGAAUGCUCAGAAGGCAAAUUCCCAUUUGGGGAACUCAAAUGCAGACAUUGAUGGGAAGGAGGUAAGAGUUGCAGGGGCAACAGGACGGCAGCACACUGAUUAGUGUCUUUUUAUCCAGGCCACCUGUAUCUUAUGGCAUAUGGUGUGUACGCGCGCGGAAUCUCAGCACUUCAAAGUAGGAUGGCUUCCACUGUUGCCGCCCAAGAAACUCACAUAAGCACUUUAAAGUUCUUUAAGAUCCCGUGUCCUUUUUAGAAAGAUGAGUUGAAAUACUAAUUCCAAGCAGUCAAUCUAACCUGUAAAGGCUCAGUGAAUUUCUAUUUCUCAUUAACAAGGACGGCAAAUUUUCACUUGAAGUUUACAUUAAAACACGUUUUUUAUGGACUACAAAUGUACUAGAGACAGUAGUGUACUGAAAUACUUGGUGGUAGGUCGGCAAAUUUGGCCGUCUAAACCUCUGCUAGUGUUUUCCGCGUCUUUGCGGUAAAGGAGGGGGCGGGUGGUUUCCCAGUCAGUGGCUCAGCUGAUCUCCACUGGUGAAAAAGUUCGCAUCUCUUGGACCGCCUCUUCCUGGCGCUGAAUCCUGCGCCUGCUGGUGGCGCUUACAGACAGGCUACGUUCCCGCCACAUUUUUAAGUUUCGUUUCCAGCGGUCACUGAGAGUUCCCCUUCCCGCGGCCUUUCUCCGAAGUCGAUUAUACUUUCUGGCAGCGAAGGAAGAACGGCAGAUAUGGAAGAUCCGCGUAGAAGGACGACGGCGCCGCGCGCUAAGAAGCCGUCUGCGAAGCGCGCCCCGACGCGGCCCAGCGGAACCCGGGCCACCGUGUCCCACGCGGGAAGCUGCGGCCCGCAAAGAGGGGCGCGAUCGCGACGGGUGGAGCGUGACGGGGACACCACGGAGAAGCCACACACCCCAGCGCCCCGAGUGCGUCCCAGAAGGGCCGCUGAGCGCACCGAGGAUGCACAGCCCUUGGCCACGGACGCGGCUGGAGCCUCCGAGAGGCCCGCGGUCCGGGAGCCCCAGCGGCAAGUCAUCCUCGAUCCUGAGCCGCCCGCUGUGCCGGAGCCCCAGGCGCCCGAGGAUCCCGAGGCGCCGACUGUCGCAAGGGGACCUGUCCGCAGAAGGGGCGCACGCUCCAUCCGGCAGCCCAGAGCGUCGCAAGGGUCCAGGAAGGAGCCAGACAAGCUAAAGAAGGUGCUGGACAAAUUGAGAUUGAAACGCAAAGAAAUCUCGGCGGCGGCCGAGACGGUGAAUAAAGUCGUGGAUCAACUGCUGCGCAGAAUGCAGAGACGGGAGUCCGAGUUCAAAGGCGUGGAGCAGCUGAACACCGGCAGCUAUUAUGAACAUGUGAAGAUUUCUGCUCCUAAUGAAUUUGAUGUUAUGUUUAAACUGGAAGUCCCCAGAAUCGAGCUAGAAGAAUAUUACGAAACUGGUGCUUUCUAUCGUGUGAAGUUCAAGAGAAUUCCACGAGGAAAUCCUCUGAGUCAUUUUUUAGAAGGGGAAGUAUUAUCAGCUACCAAGGUGCUGUCAAAGUUUAGGGAACUCAUUAAAGAAGAAGUGAAAGAGAUCAAAGAUACAGAUGUCACCGUGGAGGAGGAAAAACCAGGAAGCCCUGCUGUAACCCUUCUCAUCAGGAACCCUGAAGAAAUAUCUGUGGAUAUAAUCCUGGCUUUGGAAUCGAAAGGCAGCUGGCCUAUUAGUACCAAAGGAGGACUACCUAUUCAAGACUGGCUCGGCACAAAAGUGAGGACCAAUCUAAGACGAGAGCCGUUUUAUCUUGUACCCAAGAAUGCAAAAGAUGGAAAUCGUUUUCAAGGAGAGACAUGGCGCCUCUCCUUCUCUCACACUGAAAAAUACAUUUUGAAUAAUCAUGGGAUAGGAAAAACAUGUUGUGAAUCUUCUGGAGCAAAAUGUUGCAGGAAAGAAUGUUUAAAAUUAAUGAAAUACCUUUUGGAACAGUUGAAAAGAGAGUUUCAAGAGCUAGAUGCAUUCUGUUCUUACCACGUGAAAACUGCCAUCUUUCAUAUGUGGACCAAGGACCCACAGGACAGUCAGUGGGACCCCAGGAACCUAAGCACCUGCUUUGAUAAGUUUUUGACAUUCUUCCUGGAGUGCCUCAGGACAGAGAAACUGGACCACUAUUUUAUUCCAAAGUUUAAUCUGUUUUCUCAAGAGCUAAUUGACAAAAAAAGUAAAGAAUUUCUGUCAGAGAAAAUCGAAUAUGAAAGAAACAAUGGAUUUCCAAUUUUCAACAAGUUUUGAAACUAUGUAUUUGUGUAUACAUUAUACUGUGUUUUGUGGGUGUUUAGGUCAGAGGUUGAUGCCAGAUGUCUUCUUCAGUCUUAUUCACUUUUGGGUGUGGGGUGGAAAGAGUGGUGAUUUCAAGACAUCAUUUCUCUGUGUAGUCCUGGCUGUCUUGUAACUCCCUCUGUAGACCAGGCUGGUCUUAAACAAAGAGAUCUGCCUGCCUCUGCCACUGGAAUGCUGCGAUUAAAGGCGAGUGCCGCGCUAGUUGGCACACUUCACUUUUUUGAGAGAGGGUCAGCCUCUGAGCUCAUGGAGGUGUCCGGGCUGAUCAGCCAAGUGAGCUCCUGGGAUCCACCUGUCUCUGCUUCCCCAACCCUGGGGCGAUAGAUGAACAUGACCUACACAGCUUUCACAUGGUUGCUAGAGAUCUGAACUCAAGUAAGACCUCAUGCUUGCACAACAAGUACUAUUGUGACUGAGCCAUCUUCCUGCCCUGGGAUUGUCUUUUGAAAUGGAAUUGGGUUAAAGUGACUUAAGUCCAUUGUGGUGGUGUAUGUUUGCAGUUUCGGUACUUGGGAAGUUUUCUUUUUCUUUUUCUUUUUUAACAUGGACAGUUUUUGUUAUAUGAAAACAUCCAAAGCACAAACACACAUGCCCCACUCUCAGGGAGCGUAAGAAUCCUAGAUUCUCCUUUUCUCUCAAGCAUUUAUAUCCUAGUUACAAAAAUGGAGCUGUAAAGGAUGUAUAAAGACAUGAGGAUCUUCUUGCUUGUUCUGUACAGCGUCUGAAGUAAUCUUGUACAAGCAUCUGGAGUAAUCUUGACAAGAAGAAGCAAAAUCUUCCUAAUUAAAGAACAGAGUGUCUGCCACCUGCCCACAAGCAGUUCCUGUUUGCCUGACAUGUCUAUAGGAGCAUGGGCACAGGAAAUGUUGAGACAGACACGGGCCAGGCUAUUGCUUCUCAUUCCCAGAAGGCACACAUCCCCACACCAUUUACUAGUUAUUCCUGACCUCUAUAGGCGAAUCCCUUCGAUUCUACCUACUUUGAGGUAUUAAAUGCGUAAGAAAAGGACUAGUUAUGUCCAAGUAACAUGCAAUAAAAAUAUUUUUAGGGCUGGAGAGAUGGCUCAGAGGUUAAGAGAACGGGCUGCUCUUCCAGAGGUUCUGAGUUCAAUUUCCAACAAACACAUGGGGGCUCACAAUCAUCUGUAAUGGGAUCUGAUGCUCCCUUCUGGUGUGUCAGACUAAAUAAAUCUUAAAGAAAAAAAAUAAAAGAAAGAAAGAAAGAAAAUAUUUUUAAACCAACAUGGUUAAGUGUUAAGGUUUUUAGAAAUCGAAAAAAUUUAUUCACAUGAUUUUAAACUAGUCAAAGCUAUUUCUUUUGUAGUAGUUUUCUUAGUUUGGGUUUUACGGCUAUGAAGAGAUACCAUGACCAAGGCAACUCUUAUAAGGGUCAACAUUUAAUUGGGGCUGGCUUACAGGUUCAGAGGUUCAGUCCAUUAUCACUAUGGCAGGAAGCAUGGCAGUGUCCAGGAAGGCAUAGUACUGGAGAAGGAGCUGAACAUUCUAUAUCUUCAUCCAAAGGAAGCUAGGAGCAGACUCACCCACAUGGCUAGCAGGAGGGUCUCAAAAGCCCGCCUCCACAGUGACACACUUCCUCCAAUGAGGCCACAUCUACUCCAACAAGGCUAUACCUCCUAAUAGUGCCACUCCCUGAGCCAAGCAUAUUCAAACCACCACAGAUGUGGAAGCAGAAAAAAUAAUCCAGUGUGAUCCUUGACAAUAUUUUUAGUUCACGGAUAGCCUGGGGUACACGAAACCUGCUUAAAACAAAGCACAAAGGGGCUAAAGAAGGGGUUCAGUGGUUAACAGCAGCCAUUGCUCUUUUAGGACCUAUGUCGGCUCCCAGCACCUAGUGGCAGACACAACUGUAACUCCAGUUCCAGGGAAUCUAGUUUGACCACACACACACACACACACACACACACACAAUUUUUUUUUCGGAGCUGGGGACCGAACCCAGGACCUUGCGCUUGCUAGGCACAAUUUUUUUUAAGAGCACAAAAAGAAAAGAAAAUGAAAUGGAUCUGAUCCCAUAAUAGGAUAAUUGUGCUGGCACUUACUUAUAAUCCUGGUACUUGAGAAGCCGAGAUAGGAGGCAAGGCCAGCCUUGGCUACAGAAUAAGAUCUUGUUUCAAAAACAAAACAAAACAAAACAACAACAACAAAAACCAAACCACCAAAAGCCAACAGCAGUCCCCAUAAGUCACCAUAAGUCGUUUGAGUUUGGCCUGGGUUUGCUCAUCUGUCCUGACUCAAAAGGUACAUUUUCUUUUUCUUUUUUCCUCUUUAGGAUGGUCAGAACCUAGGAGGCCUUUUUGGGUAUGCUGUACUUCCUUCCUUUCUCAUGAAAUUCCCCCCAACCCCUGACACAUACACCAUAUGGCUGUCUGUCCAUCAAAUGGCUGGUGUUCUUUUUUGAAUACAAAAUAACCCCCAAAAAUGUGACUAUAAUAAUCCAGAUGUUGUGAGAGACUGUAUCAGAAGUGGUGGAUUCAGACUUUGUUCAAACACAAGAGAUGCGUAGGGAAGCCCUGCCCACUCUCUGUCCUAGGGUAGAAAGGAAGACCACGUUCUCCAUAGGCUCUACCUCAGGUACUUUAUCAUGUGUGCAUAAGCACGUAAUUUAUUUUUAUUUAUUUUCAUUCUGUGUGUGUUUUUACAAAUGCAAUGGUACCUAGCGCGGAGAGACGGGCGUGGGACAGGGGAUGACUCUGCAUCUAAGCGCGUUCUCCAGGGACAGCUGGUGAGCUUCCACUCUUUCCAGUACUUUGUUGCAUGUAUUGUUGCAGGAGCCUGCUUCAGCGUUCUGUAGUUGUUCCCUGUGUAACAAAUCAUGUCUACCAUGUGUGUUGUCCUCCCUUUUCUUAGUAUCUUUCAAUAAAUAGGAUUUAAACAUGUUUUAACGUA